UGCUCGCCACUAGACAUUUAACUACCCGUAGUAGUGCAUUUUUAUAAGCGGCAUAAUAGUUUCUUGUGCAGGCCUAGGCUGAACAACCGACCGACCCCCGCUGAUACCUUCCUCGUCAAAUAUGGAUUCGAAACUGAUUUUUGCUUGCAUCUGUGCCCUGGCGAUUCCAGCCCUGUGUGCCGACCGCGGCUCACACUCCAACCGAGGAAGAGCUAGAACUGAGGAAGAUCAAGGGGAUUCUCGCCUAACAGGAAAUUAUGUGCGCAUAAAAGUGGAAAUCUUGAAACUGACCAAUGAUCAGGGACUUGCUUCUUCCGGAAGCCACUGCGAUUUCGCCGGUACCUGUGACCCCGUCUUGUACUGCAAUUUGGACACAGAAAGACCAAACGCCGACUGGCCAGGAUCUAAACCUGAUAAUACUUGGCCAACGGUUUUCGGCGUUGACAAUGUGAACAGUCCCAAUAUCGGUACUACCAUCCACAAAGAUAUCUGUGGUCCAAAAUAUAACGAAGCCAAUCUAAGAAUUUUCGCUCUUGAUCGCGAUCCAGCAUCUAAGGAUGACCUUAUCAACCAGUGGGAUUGCCCGAUUAACCGCAACCCUGACCGUCAUGAAGGAAGCGCGGAAUGGUCACCUACGUUUGAAUGCCUGCCGAAAUACCAGCCAGGAAAAAUGAAGUUGACUUACCGUUAUCAAGUAUUCCACAUUACCCGUUCACAGUGUAACUCGACUGUACCGAAUGCAAAAUAAGAUUUUUUCGCGAAUGAGGAAAUUGCGAUCCACGGAGGAGAACUGCUUUAGCUGUCAAAUGUUAUGUGAAUGAUAAUUAGUGUUUUAAAAGGUAAAAUGUACCAAAGUACCAUUACUGAAGUGUACGAAUAAUAUGGCAAUUAAGUUCGUCAUGCAAAAUAACCUUAAAAUGUCAACAACAGCAAUCUUGAUUG